AUGGAAGUUCGCCGGCGACUAACCAAGCCGUCCGCCGCCGCCGCCGCCGACGAACCCUUCAAGUCCCACAAACAGCGGCAUAUCCAUGAUUCCUCCCCGAAAGCCUCGGACGCUCUUCCACUGCCUCUGUAUUUGACGAAUGUGUUGUUUUUUGCGCUGUUUUUCUCGGUGAUGUAUUUUCUCCUCGUCAGGUGGAGGGAGAAGAUCCGCAACUCCACGCCUCUGCAUGUGGUGACUCUAUCGGAGCUGGCGGCGUUGGUUUUGUUGGUGGCUUCGGCGAUUUACCUUCUAGGGUUCUUCGGCAUAGGGUUCGUUCAAUCGUUCAUAUACAGAGCGAACCAGGAUGUUUGGGAAGUAGAGGAUGGGAGCCACGUGGAGCAGUACAUUUUGGAGGAGGACAGACGUCUUGGUCCUUGUGCGUCUGUCCGCCCACCACCUGUUCGAAAAAAUGUCCCAGUGGUCCCUCAGCACCCGGCGGAGGGGGCAACGGCCUUGCCCGAGAAACCCGCUGAGAUAUUUAGCCCUGCAGCAUCCGGGGAUGACGAGGAGAUUAUCAAAUCCAUCGUGGAGGGGAAAAUCCCGUCGUACGCGUUGGAAAAUAAGCUCGGAGACUGCAAACGCGCGGCUGCAAUUCGGCGCGAGGCGUUGCAGAGAAUCACGGGGAAGUCUCUGGCGGGGCUUCCGUUAGAAGGGUUCAAUUACGAGUCGAUUCUUGGGCAGUGUUGUGAGAUGCCAGUUGGGUACGUGCAAAUACCAGUGGGAAUUGCAGGGCCAUUGUUGCUUGACGGGAGAGAGUACUCUGUGCCAAUGGCGACCACUGAAGGGUGCUUGGUGGCUAGCACCAACCGGGGGUGUAAGGCCAUCUACGCCUCCGGUGGAGCCGCCAGUAUGGUGCUCAGAGACGGCAUGACCAGAGCUCCAGUGGUGAGGUUCGGCACUUCCAAGAGAGCCGCUGAGUUGAAGUUCUUCGUUGAGGAUCCCAGUAAUUUUGACACUCUUGCUGCUGUGUUUAACAAAUCAAGUAGAUUUGCUAGAUUACAAAGUAUCCAAUGUGCAAUAGCUGGGAAAAAUCUCUACAUGAGGUUUACUUGCAGCACUGGUGAUGCCAUGGGGAUGAACAUGGUGUCAAAAGGGGUGCAAAAUGUUAUUGAUUUCCUUCAGACUGAAUAUCCUGACAUGGAUGUCCUUGGCAUAACAGGGAACUAUUGCUCUGACAAGAAGCCAGCUGCAGUGAACUGGAUUGAGGGGAGAGGAAAGUCAGUUGUUUGUGAAGCAAUUAUCAAGGAAGAGGUGGUGAAGAAAGUAUUAAAGACCAACGUGGCUUCCCUUGUUGAGCUGAACGUGCUUAAAAACCUGACUGGCUCCGCCAUGGCCGGUGCCCUCGGCGGCUUCAAUGCUCAUGCAAGCAAUAUUGUCUCUGCUGUAUACAUAGCCACUGGCCAGGACCCAGCCCAGAACGUGGAAAGCUCUCACUGUAUCACAAUGAUGGAGCCUGUUAAUGAUGGCAAGGACUUGCACAUUUCUGUAACCAUGCCUUCCAUUGAGGUGGGAACAAUUGGAGGUGGGACUCAGCUUGCAUCACAGUCAGCCUGCUUGAACUUGCUGGGAGUGAAGGGUGCCAGCAUGGAGUCCCCAGGCUCAAAUGCAAGGCUUCUGGCAACAGUUGUGGCAGGUGCAGUUCUUGCUGGGGAGUUAUCUCUCAUGUCUGCAAUUUCAGCAGGCCAGCUUGUGAGCAGCCACAUGAAAUACAAUCGGUCCAGCAAAGACAUCACAAAGUUAUCCUCCUAAUCAAGGGAUCGGAAGACAACACCACAUUGUACAACGUACGUACACAACUUUCUCUCUACUUAUACAUAGUUUCCAUCAAAUUGUAAAAACCAAAGAAUCCCAAUAAUCUCAGAUGAAUGUAGGAAAUUGAAUAAAUUUUCUCCAUCAUCAGAAAGUCUAGGAAAAAGUGUGCAUAUAGUUUAAGAAAAUAGAAAGGGAAAGGAAAGGAAAGGAAAGGAAAGUGGUCAUCUGUUGAAUUGCUGGAUCUGUUAUAUCAUUUUCUUGAAGCCAUGUGAGAGUGGAAUGAUGCUUCUUUUCUUAGUUGAGGAAAAAAUCCCUCCAAGAUUUUUCAAGAUAUGUGAUAAGCAGGAAGCGAGGCAGUCUAUGUUGGCCUAGUUCACAUUGUCAUCUUUACUUGGUGUUUCCGUAAUCUGUAUUUGUUUGUUAGUUUGUACUUUGUAAUUGGGCAAUGCAAGGGCUUCUCAAAUUGGAAUCAAUUAAUUAUAAGGGUAUCUUGCAACAUGAAAUUGUAUUAUUAUUUGCACUUUAUCCCUUAUAUAUAUAAACAUGUAUUGGAUAUCAAUAUUGGACAUGAUAUCAAUAUUGGAUUUGUUUGGCAA